AUGCCCACCUCUACAGUUGUCGGUGCUUUGGCGUGCCAAAAAAAUUCGUUUUUAAAAUCUUAUGAAACUGUUGUUUUAUCGUGUUUAGAGGUUAAACAAGAAGCAAAGAAGGCAGAUAAGAAAUCAAAAUCAAAAUCGAAAGAGCAGACUCCAGUCGAAGAACCCAAGAAACAGUAUUCUAUUGAACUUGCUGAUACUGUUUUGUUCCCAGAAGGUGGUGGCCAGCCUUCAGAUACAGGAACAAUUACGCUUCCAGAUAAGUCAGUUAUAAAGGUAGACCAGGUGCUCAGAGAUAAGCUUAUUGCUAAACAUAUUACACAGGAGCCUAUAGAGCCAGGUGCUGCAGUUACUGUUGAUGUUGAUUGGGAAAAACGUGUUGACUAUAUGCAACAACAUACUGGACAACAUUUACUCUCUGCUGUUUUCGAUACGUACAAUUUGGAAACCUUGAGUUGGGCCAUGGGUGAUAAGAUCAACUACAUUGAGCUCCCAGAAAAGAUCAGCGAUGAAAUACUUGAAGAAGUAGGUGCCAAGGUAAAUGAACUUAUAUUCCAGGCGUUACCAAUAUCUGUAGUGACUCCCGAUGCGCACGGAGAACCAAUCGAUACCUCCCAUAUCCCUGAUGAUUACGAUAUGAGUAAGGGAAUUGUCAGAAUUGUGAAGAUUGGAGACAUGGACGCUAACCCAUGCUGUGGUACCCAUUUGUCAUCAACACUGCAAAUCCAGGCCAUCUCAUUGUUGCACCAAUUAAAUGUCAGAGGAGGAAACUCAAAAUUGUAUUUCCUUUGUGGUGCCAGAGUGUACAAGUAUUUAUCAGAACAGAACAAGAUUUUGAAGGGAAGUGGUGCAUUACUUUCGUGUCAGCUCGAUGAGAUUACUGAUAAAAUUACGAUGUUAAAUUCGAAUUACAAAAAGGCUUUAUCCAGAGAGCUGCUGUUGUUGAAAGAAUUGGCUGGGAUUGAGGCCCAAAGGUGUUUUGACAAUUUUGAAAAGAACGGGAAAGACGUUCAAUUGGUUUAUCGCUCUGACAAUAACCAAGAAUAUCUUAAUUCAUUCCAGAAAGAAUUAUCCACCUUAAUCAAUCAAAACAAGAAGACAACUGUAGUUGACACUGACAAGAAACAUACUAUAGUCUUACUCAAUGGAGACUACCCAUCAGGUUUAGGCGGAGCCGUCAAACUUUUAGGUCCUCGCACAGAAGAGAUUGGUGGUGAAAUCAAGAAAAGAUUUACCAAUUUGAAAGGAGGAGGAAAGGGUAACCUGUUCCAAGGCAAAAUCCAGAAGUAUGAGAAGGGUGAAUUAGAGUCCGUUUUGUUGUACUUAGACCAAUUUAAAUAG